AUGCUCCGAGGCAGAUCCCUGUCUGUGACGUCCUUGAGUGGGCUUCCUCAGUGGGAAGUUGAAGAACUUCCGGUGGACGACCUACUGCUCUUCGAGAUCUCCUGGGAAGUGGCCAAUAAAGUUGGAGGCAUUUGUACUGUGAUUCAGACGAAGGCAAAAAUAACAGCCAAUGAAUGGGGAGACAAUUAUUUUCUGAUAGGUCCAUAUUUUGAACACAACGUGAAGACUCAGGUGGAACAGUGUGAGCCUGCAAAUGACGCUGUAAGAAUAGCGGUGGACACAAUGAACAAGCAUGGCUGCCAGGUGCAUUUUGGGAGAUGGCUGAUUGAAGGAAGUCCUUACGUGGUGCUCUUUGACAUCAACUACUCAGCCUAUAAUCUGGACCGGUGGAAGGGUGACUUCUGGGAUGCAUGCAGUGUUGGUAUUCCUUAUCAUGACCGAGAAGCCAAUGAUAUGCUGAUAUUUGGAUCUUUAACUGCCUGGUUCUUAAAAGAGGUGACAGAUCAUGCAGACGGCAAACAUGUCAUCACCCACUUCCAUGAAUGGCAGGCAGGGACUGGACUAAUCCUCUCCCGAGCCCGCAAACUUCCCAUCGCCACGAUAUUUACCACACACGCCACGCUGCUUGGACGGCACCUCUGUGCAGCAAACAUUGAUUUCUACAACCAGCUCGAUAAGUUCAACAUAGACAAAGAGGCUGGGGAGAGGCAGAUCUACCACCGGUACUGCAUGGAAAGAGCGUCCGUUCACUGUGCACACACAUUCACCACAGUGUCUGACAUUACAGCCAUAGAGGCUGAACACAUGCUCAAGAGGAAGCCUGAUGUAAUUACUCCAAAUGGAUUGAAUGUUAAGAAAUUUUCAGCUGUUCAUGAGUUUCAAAAUCUCCAUGCCAUGAAUAAAGCGAGGAUCCAAGAUUUUGUUCGAGGUCAUUUCUAUGGUCACCUCGAUUUUGAUCUUGAAAAGACUUUAUUUUUCUUCAUUGCUGGGAGGUAUGAGUUCUCAAACAAAGGAGCUGACAUUUUUCUAGAAUCCUUAUCCAGGCUAAAUUUCCUGCUAAGGAUGCACAAGAGUGACGUCACCGUCGUGGUGUUUUUCAUUAUGCCUGCCAAGACAAAUAAUUUCAAUGUGGAAACCCUGAAAGGACAGGCAGUGCGAAAACAGCUAUGGGACACUGUGCAUUCAAUGAAGGAAAAGUUUGGAAAGAAACUGUAUGAUGCAUUAUUAAGAGGCGAAGUUCCUGACAUGGAUAAUAUUUUAGAUCGAGAUGAUCUAACAAUUAUGAAAAGAGCCAUCUUUUCAACUCAGCGACAGUCUUUGCCUCCAGUGACCACUCACAACAUGAUCGACGACUCCACCGACCCCAUCCUCAGCACUAUCAGACGGAUCGGACUUUUCAACAGUCGCGCAGACAGGGUUAAGGUGAUUUUACACCCAGAGUUUCUGUCUUCGACCAGCCCCUUGCUACCCAUGGAUUAUGAAGAGUUUGUGCGAGGUUGUCAUCUUGGAGUAUUUCCAUCUUACUAUGAACCCUGGGGCUAUACUCCAGCCGAAUGCACUGUGAUGGGCAUCCCCAGUGUGACCACAAACCUCUCCGGCUUUGGCUGCUUCAUGCAGGAGCACGUGGCUGACCCGACUGCUUACGGUAUUUACAUUGUGGACAGGCGGUUCCGCUCUCCAGAUGAUUCAUGCAAUCAGCUGACACAGUUUCUCUACAGAUUUUGCAAACAGUCACGCCGCCAGAGAAUUAUCCAGAGGAACCGAACCGAGAGGCUUUCAGAUCUUCUGGAUUGGAGAUAUUUGGGCAGAUAUUACCAGCAUGCCAGGCACCUGACAUUAAGCAGAGCUUUUCCAGAAAUUUUCCACAUGGAUCCCAUAUCACCACCAGCAACUGAGGGAUUUAAAUACCCCAGGCCUUCCUCAGUGCCACCUUCUCCUCUGGGGUCUCAGGCCUCCAGUCCUCAGAGCAGUGACGUGGAAGACGAGGAUGAGGAUGAGAGGUACAAUGAAGAGGAGGAGGCUGAAAGGGACCGGUUAAACAUCAAGUCGCCGCUUUCUCUGAGCCACGUUCCUCAUGGGAAGAAAAAGCUGCAUGGUGAAUACAAGAACUGAACUCCACAGCUGCUCAGCAGAGCUGAUUUAGUCAGAACAUAGGAAGAAUGGGUCC